UUAUUCAUUGUGGAUAGACGUAUACUUCGGUGACGCUUCGUGUCGUGACAAACGAUAAAAUGAUAACUUUUUAAAACUCUGUGCAUCGUGAUAAUGUUAAUUGAAACUUUAAAAUACUACAGUGUUUAAUUUAAUACUUCAAAAGUUAUAGAAUCUGUGUAUGGUAUGUGAGCUUAACUUGAAAGGCAUUCCAGAGAGACUGUUGAACUUAAUUUUUUUCGACGGCCCUUUUUGUUUUUUUUUUCUUAAUAUUUUCAACAUUUACGAAGUAUUUGUUGCUUAACAUUAUAGACUAUUAAUAGUAUAAUAGUGAUUGUGUUUCAAAGAAAGUUGUGGUUUUCAAAGUUAGCAAAUAAACGCGGAUUGCCGAAACAUUCAAGGCUAAUCUAAUCGUCACGAAACGAUCGAUUGAACUACGAUAGAAAAUCACUACUUUUGAAACUAUAAACACCGACACAAGCGUCACCAACGAAAUACGAGGUUCGAAUGGACAAUAUAGUCUGUGAAGGGAGUGGCUGACACUUGUGUGAUGUGCCGGCAACAACACAUGGAAGUGCAACUAGACGUUACCUGAUCACUCCUGACAUUUGUACGCGGUGUCUGCUGAAUGCGGCACAACCAUGAAGUUCUCAACGGGCUCCAGCUCGAGCAGUCUCGCCAGCGAUUCACUAUCGAGGAAGUCCACUUUGUGCAUCUACGCAGAAGUGGACGCCACAAUGCCGCCUCCACCGUGCGAAAGGAUGGAUAGCAGUUCAGAGGCGAUGGAGCUACGGCGGGAACUGGACACGGUCAAGAGCGCCCUUCAGCAGCAGUCAGAGUCGGUCUUGAAGCAGAGGCACCAACUCGUCGAGGCCGGACAGGCGCUCGCCGCACGUAACAAACAGGCCGCUCAAGAAAGACGACUCCGCCAAGACCAACUAGCUCUUGUCCUACGCUCUCUUGUCCUUCUAGAAUCCCGACUCACGAGGGAACAAAAACAAAUCCAAGUAUCUCUCCAACAAAAAGACAAAAUUAUCAAAUCACAACAAGAAGAAAUUACAAAACUUAAGGCCAGAAAGUCGUACUGCAGCAACUGUCAGCAGCUUCUCGGGUUCACAAGUGAACAAACUAAUAUUGAGACCGAUCCAGAAUUCCACAGCUUGGAGAGCACGGACUCAAGAUUUCCUAAUACUUUCGUUAGGAGUUGUAGUUAUCGCGAGAGAAACUCUCCUCCAGUGUUCCAAAAGAAUACACGACUAAGUAAAAGCUUUCAACUGCCGAAGACCGAUGUCACUUACGGCAAUUCGAGCUCGAGUGAAGAGGGCAAUACCGCAAGCAUCGGCAGCAAGGGAACAUUCAUCAAAAACAAACAAGCUUUUGUAAGACGUGAUGUAUUUCGAAGAUCCAGGAAAUAUUCAGGACGGAAAAAUAACGGUAAAUUUACCGAUAACACGCAAAAGUGUUACAUCAAUCAAAAUAAUAGCAGUAGUACUGAAGAGUGUUUAAGUAUGAAUUACAGAGUGAAUCAAGAUGACAAUGACUCAACAGCUAAUCUAAUCGCCAACGAUAUUCGACGAGCUUCGUUGAAAAUAGAUCAGCUGAUUGGAGAGGCGGCGAAGAAGGAACUAGAAAAUACUCAGAGUGAUUCCGAUAAGACAUAUUCAACGACGAUGGAACGACUGCACGGCAUCAAAAGACAAGCGUCUGAUGAAAUCAAAGCUAAUAGACAACUCUUCUUAAAUAAUGUUCUCAACGAAGAAAACAAUGAAAAACCUUGGUAUUGCAAUGUCAGCGAUCCAGAGAAUGAUGCGGAUGGCUUAGACCAAAGAGUGUUAUUUAAUAGUAACAAAGCGAACAAAAACAAUGAAUUUGGAAUCGUUGAACAUAAUGGAAUUCGAAAUUCUGAAAUCACAUAUGCAAAGAACGAUGUUUUAUGUAACAAUGUAAUAAAUAACUUGAAUGACAGUUACAGUUUGAAGUUUGACGACAAAAACAACAAUCUUGAAGCUAAUAUAGCCAAACAACCGGCUGUUACAGAAAUAAGUGAGAAUUGGUACGCUAGUACCAGCGAUGCUGACGAGACCCCACCUAAUGAGAUAUACAAAAAUAAUCCAGUACUAGAAUGUGUCAAUCAAAUUUUGCUACAAAAUUCAUUAGAUGAUAGCAGUAAUGACAAUUCUAAAUCCAGCGAGUCUCCUAGUCCUAAAGCAGCUACAAAACGCGUUCAGUUUUCUACUUUGAAUAGUAUAUCAUACGACGACAAAGUCAGGCCAAGUGGUAAUAAUCAUACGCUACCAAGAACUGAUAAGAGGGCUAACAAAAUUGUUAAAUUCAGUCUAGAGACUGCUUCAGAGCAUAGUUAUGAAGUGCCUAAUACAGCUCAAGGAUUUCAAUACGAAAUUCAAAGUAUCUAUAGCAAUGAAUAUGAGCCUAUUGUUACGAAAUCUAUAGAACAAAAAUCACUCCCAAUACAGCGAGUGGUGCCAAACGUUGAGAAGAAUGUGCCCAAGAUAAGAGGAUCAAUGGUUAAAAAUAUCGCAGCUAAUAUUGAAAACAGGAAUAAUAUAUUGGAAAGAAGAAUAGACAAUAAUUUUGGAUCAAUGAAAACAUUCAACAAAAGAAAAGUGCCACGAACUCCUCCCGCAUUGCCGCCCAAGCCAAAGAACUUAUCAGCCAAAUUAAGAGCUGAGAAUGCUGUCAAAUACUCGACAGAAUCUUUAGACUCUGAAGCCGUUGCGGCUAAUCAACGGGUUGCAGACGUUAAGAUGAGGAAAGUGGGACAAGUAGCAAAUGCUAAGAAUGUAGAACCGGACUACUGCUCCAUUUCAGAGAUAAAUGUUCCAGUAGUCAGCAAUGGUAAAAGGGAAUUGCUACUUACACAGCCUACAGUAGAGAUUCAUAACGAACAGUACCCGAUACAUGCAGUAAAUCAGAGAAACAACGUAGCUAAGGUCAUAUCGCUACCACGCAUCCAAAACAAAAUUAGCGACAAAGACAUUCCCAAACUUCCUCACGUCACAGAAAUUAUUAUCCCCGACGAAGAUGAGAAGCCUACGGAAGAACAACGUUCAUUUCCAAAAUCAGCAGAUAGCUACUUGGCCAAUUUUAACAUGCACCCUCUACAACCAAAACUAGACUCCCGCGCUUCCAUUCAAAUGGGAAACACGGUGUCGUCAAUACUGUCAGAAAUUAACCGCGGUGUCAAAUCUGGUGUUAAGCAAAUAAACCUUACCGAUUUAGAUAGUCAGUUCAACCCACACCACGGUUCUGAGAAAAUACACGUCAACACGGAGCCGCGAAAAGCUGCAUAUUUAGAUGACAUAGACAAGUUUGAUUUGUCGCAGGAUUUUGAAGAGUUUAAGAUAGACGACGAACUCGGCAGUAUCGUCGCUGAAGAGUAUCGCAUAAGCUCCGGCAGCAGCGACGGCUCCGCUUCGGACGUAGUCACCGAGCUGCACACCAUUGUACCUGACAAUACCAACCAACAUAACAAUUCAAAUGACAACGACAACGGAAAAUCUGACAACUUUCAUGACAAUAACGACAAUGUAACCAAGAGCCUAUCAAAAAAUGCUAAGCUCUCAAACAAACCUGAUCUCCUUUCCAAUAUUGAGAAUUUAGAGACUGAAUCCGUAAGAAACUCUGACAUAGAAUCCAGCAAUUCGUCCGGCAGCAACAGUGGCUCUUACAACACAGUUAAAUGUGAGCCGAGAAUGAUUAUAAAUCAACCCGAAGUCAAUGUGACAAAAACAAAAGGAUCUUUCGAUUUCUUUCUGGAAAGUUCUGGUCUGAGUUCUAAGUCUAUUUUUACGCCGAGCAAGAAUUACAUCAAUAUGAGACCUCCAAGUGCCAACCAUAAGAAUGUACUAAAACCUAAGGAUGUUAAGAUGCGCGUUAGGAAUCCAAUAACAACGAACAAUAUCAACGAAAAAUCUAUGACUACCGCUAUUAAAUAUUUUGAGCCCUAUGUCUAGUAUUUUUAAUUA